AAUUCAAUUUGUUUUUCGCUGCAUUUUGGGGCAACAUUUUAACAAAAGCUCGCGGAAUUUAUAAAAUUCUGAAAUUCUCGACGCGCGUCGAAAUGGAUGAAAUAGCUAUCGACCCGAGCAUAAACCAGGACAUGAGCGCAUCCGAAAUCUACAGAUUCGAAGGCACAUUGUACACUCUGCCAUUUGUUACAAAAAAUAACGAUAUCUCGUGGAACAAAAGUAGAGAUGAAUAUAAAAGUGAAUGUAGAACCUUUCCGCCUCUGUACAAAAGCCUAUUCGACCGCCAAAAAUGUGGAAAAGUUAGAUUCUCACCUCCAUUGAGUCUGGAACAGAACGUUAACGCGCAUUUGAAGGGAAGCAGUAGCCAGCAUAUGACAACAAUUCUACAAGGUGUGGAAGACGCCGGAUAUGUGUUCCCCGAUAUCGAUAUGCUAGUCACCACGGAGGUUCUAAACACAAUCGCUGGAAGUAUUUUCAAUCAGGAAAAAUCGUGGAAACUGCGUGCCUAUGUGACACAAGUUCAAGGCAAAAAUAUGGUUAUCGUGUGCGACGACGAUUUUGAACACCACCAGAGAAUCAGUUCGACGCAGAGUGAUUUUCCAAUCGAACGCACAGAAGCAUUGAAUUUCGCACAUUCUAUAUGUGUACGCGAUGGAACUCGUGAAUUGAAUAACUCGCUGCAUGGAAGCGAAGUGGUAGUUUCAACAAUUAAAUUCAGAGAGAAGAGUGUCAAAAUGAUUGUGAUUGGCGAAGUAGAUUUAGUCACAGGAAAGAAUAAUAAAUCGUUGAACACCAUCGUCGCCACUGGAAGAACUGCUCGAGCCAGUUUUGGGCACAACGUGGAGUCUCGAGUCGACAGUUUGGAUUAUUUAUGGUCACGAUGCUUCUGGCUGGGACAACGUCUUUGCCUAGUUGGAAUGCGAUCGACUGAAGAGGCUCCAGUGUCGAGUGCAUAUCUAUACUCCUUGUACCCACCAACGUUGAAGGAACGGAAAAGAACGAAUUACCGAGUAGACGUGGCAACGACUUGUGUGGCACAAGUCAUGAUCAGGCUCCGCGAGGAAGCGGCAAAAAUGCCGCAUGCGAACUGGAUUAUUGAGUACACAGGUCGAGACAAGGAAUUUGAUCCGGCAUUUAUCAAGAUUAACGUGGCCCCGGAUACGCAUAGUUUUCUGCUCGUACAAGAGUAUUGGCACAUCGAAAAAGAAGCUUUUGAGUCUGCUGAAGAACAAAAGAAAGCGGAGGACCAAAACGUAGUAGAGCCCGAGAAGAUAGUUAGAACUUUUCAUCAAAUGAAACGACUUCCUGGUGUUAGAAAAAGUGGAACAAUUGCCAAGCAAUUCCAAAAAAUCAUCAAUAGCAUGUCUUCAUAAUUUUACUGUGCAUCCCCCAUAAAAUGCAUGUUUUUAUUAUUUUAUCUCGUUUAAUAAAAUGAAUUUCAUAAAAUUCCCAAA